UUGAUAAGUGACGUCAUUUUGCGUCCAUUCGAGCGGGACUCUGCUAGAAAUAAGUGUUAAACUUUUCGAAUCUGUGCACUUUUUCUGAUCAUGGCGUAUCAGAUAGAAGCGGAUUUACCGCCGAGUCUUGCAUGUCUGAAAAAUGUUGACACCCUGCUGCGAUGUCCUAUUUGCUUUGACUACCUCAACAUUUCAAUGAUGACUCAGUGCUCGCACAAUUUUUGCUCUUUGUGCAUCAGAAAAUUUCUUUCCUAUAAGCUGCAGUGUCCAGUUUGUAAUACACAAAUGACAGAACAAGACCUACGAAACAACCGCUUAUUGGAUGACUUGGUUGUGACUUUUCAAGCUGCAAGGCAGCAGUUGUCAAAAGCGCAUGUUGACUCUCCUCCAAUAUCACCAAAGACCCCGGCUUCAGCUGUCAAAUGCAAAACUCCCAGAGAGAAGGGCCAGAACUCUAGCAGCUCUAUUAUGAAUAACUUUUUCCAAAAGAAGCUCAGAACACCUCCCAGUAAAGAAACUCAAGACGCUGAGCAGGGCGAAUUACAAACUGCACAAACCCACAAUGUAAAUGAUGCAGCGCUACAUUCAGGAAAAGCUCACUUUUCAGCGGUUGUGAAGGAAGAACCGAUGGAGGUGAUGAACACAUCUAUCCAAGAUCUGAUGCCAGUAAAAAAAGAGGAGCCAGCUUCAUACAGUCUAUGUGCUGGAUUUGAAACGGCACAUUCCUCAUCCCCAUCAAAGAAUGUAAAGCCCAUAAUGAAAGUGGAGUGUCCUGUCUGUUCUGUAAGUGUGCCACAGCAUUUUAUUAACAAGCACCUCGACGCAUGUCUUACCAGAGAUGAGAAGAAGGAAAGCUUGAGGAGUUCAUCUGUCUGUUUCAGCUCUUUCAGCAAGAGGAGGCGUCCAAUCACAAAGCUGGUGUACAACUUGCUUUCAAUGCAGGAGCUGAAGAAGAAGCUGAAGGAGUGCCAUCUGUCCCUACAGGGCUCUCGGGACCAGCUGAUCAGACGACACCAGGAUUUCGUCCAUUUAUACAAUGCACAGUGUGACUCCCUAAACCCAAAAUCAGCUGAAGAGAUUGCUAAGGAGGUUGAGGCCAAUGAGAAGACCAAAAAUCAACUGCGGGGAAGAAUCAAACCUGUCAUGGUUUUCUCAAAGAAUCAGUCGGCGGAGGAGAUUGACAGGAUGCAUUCAAAUUAUAGGAAGCAGCACAGCAGUGACUUCAACCGGUUAAUUGCACAGGCACGACAACGCCGAGAGACCUCCAAACAGGCUCGUGUUAGACAGGAAGUUACUGAUGAGAAGGGGGAUGCUCAAGUAUUGCACUCUGCAGAUCAGGUUGCAGAGCCAAAGAGCUCUAUGGUGGUGGAGGCAGGAGAUAGAGAAACUGAUGGGGAUCAGUUUGCAGAAGUGAUUGAGUUGUCAUCCAGUCCCACGUUGAGCGACGUAUCCAUCAGCAGUUCUAUUUCAGACAUAUUUGGUCCGGAGCUUUCCCGGAACAAAGAAGACCCGGCGGGUACGUCGGUCCAAAAGCGACCGUCCAGCUCCAGAGACGGCGGCGGAGCUUCAUCACCGGUGAUGGGAAAGCGACGGCGUAAGUCAUGAGGCCGGAUAAGAGGGAGGGACAGAAAAGAAGAUCAUGGAGAAGGUGUUUACUCAGUAUCCGUCACAGUUCUGACCGAUGCUGUUUUUCAAUUAUUAAUUUUUUUUUUUUUUUUUAGAAACGCACAAUUGUCAAACAUUUCUACUUUUUUCAAAAUUCAAACUGUUCAUAUUUUAUUAUAAAUAAACUUUUUAACGUUUAAGCAUAUUUUGUUGUUGGUGUGACUUAUUAUUAGCUGACUUUGGAUUUAAUCAGUUUAUUUUAUUGAGGGCUUUACAAUUAAUAUUUUCUUCAGUCAAUUUUUUGUAUUAGAUCCAUUUUUUUUACCCUCAUCUGGCCUUACUGGUAAAACUUCUUUUUCUAUUUGCCAUAUCAUUUAAAAUCAAAU